CGGAGCGGCUGCUGCGAGAUUCACCGCACUCCAUUUGAAAUGAUGGAAGUGACAAUGGAACCUCUGUGUCGACCACCACUAUCACCAGGAAUAGAUGCCGCCCCAAACGUUACUGGCUUCAACCAGAGUACCGGAAAGUGGUACAGAAAAGCAGCGCACCGAGUACAAGUCUCCACAGUACGAGCGUCUGGGAUUCAAUCUCAUCAAAAAAAGACUGGUGGCUAUGGGUUACCCGCAGGAAAUUCUAGAGUUUGAAUACGACCCUUCGUUUCCUGUCAGAGGUCUGUGGUUUGACUCACUCUACGGAAAUCUAUUGAAGGUUGAUGCGUACGGAAAUAUUCUGGUCUGUGUUCAUGGUUUUGACUUCCUGAAAUUUUCCCAGGUGUACGAGUUAUACCCCAACAAGUUUUUACAGUUAGAUGAAUCUCGAGUUUACGUUUUGAAUACUUUGUUUAAUCUCCCUGAGACAUACCUUCUUGCCUGUUUAAUUGACUUCUUCACAAAUUCCCCUCAGUACACAAGAGAAAAAACAGGUGUGAAAGGUGGUGAUCUCUACAUGUCCUUUAAAUCAAUAUUUCAAGAUGUACGCAGUGCAGUGGACUGGGUUCACAUCCAUGGUGAUUUGAAAUCAAGCACUGUUGAAAAUCUGGAAGAAUAUGUCAAGAAAGAUGAACGUCUACCAAUGUUUCUGUCUCGGAUAAGAGAGAGUGGGGCCAAAGUCUUUCUUUUGACAAACAGUGAUUACAAUUUUACUGACAAGAUCAUGUCUUACCUCUUUGACUUUCCUCAUGGACCAAGGCCAGAAGACCCACACAGAGACUGGAAAACAUACUUUGAUGUAAUAGUUGUUGAUGCCAGGAAGCCUCUUUUCUUUGGAGAGGGUUCUAUCAUGCGUCAAGUAGAUACAUCUACUGGUGCCUUGAAAGUUGGAACCCACAUGGGUCCACUACAGACUGAACAUGUCUAUUCUGGAGGUUCAUGUGAUGUAUUCACUCAAUUAAUUGGUGCCAAGGGUAAAGAUGUAUUAUAUAUUGGAGACCACAUAUUUGGAGAUAUUCUUAAAUCUAAGAAAAUCAGAGGAUGGCGAACUUUCCUCAUUGUUCCGGAAUUAGUGCAAGAACUCCAUGUUUGGACUGAUAAGUGCCAGCUUUUUGCGGACCUCCAGAAUUUGGAUGUCACAUUGGGAGAAAUGUACAAAAACCUGGACAGUAGCACAAAAGAGAAGCCUGAUAUUUCCAAACUUAGAAAUGCGAUACGCGAUGUCACUCACAAAAUGGAUCUGGCUUAUGGUAUGAUGGGUAGUUUAUUCCGUUCAGGAUCGAGACAAACUUUCUUUUCAAGUCAAGUUGUUCGCUAUGCUGAUCUGUACGCUGCUACCUUCUUGAAUUUGAUUUACUAUCCUUUCUCAUACAUGUUCAGAGCUCCUGCAAUGCUGAUGCCACACGAGUCGACAGUAGCCCAUGAGCAGCGGUUUGUAAUGGAAAGCCCUAUGAUCUCACGGUCAAGGACAUUCUCUAUCAUUGAAAACGAGGAGCAGACUGAAAAUAAUCAUCGCCCUAAGUUGGAGAAAAUGCAUAGCACAAUUCCUCAUGCCAGACCUGAGACUCCUCGAUGUGUCACACACAACCAUGAUGAAGAUUAUUCAGAUGAGGAAAGUGAUAGCAUCAAAUCUAAUGAAGAAAAGACCACAUAAUGGGUUUACUGCUUUUAUACAAUGAAAAGUUUUCCUUGCAUUUGUAAAGAAAACUACAUUUGAAAACUGUUAAUUUACCUAACAUCAAUGUGAUACUAAGUUAUUGCUUGAAAUAAAAUGUUUAACAUGAAAGUUUUCCACAUAGCCACCAACCACAAACAACCUGAAUUGAAUUGGUCAAUGCUUUUUGUUAUUUGAAGAACACUUGAUUAAUUUUUCCAAUUUUGAAUACUUUUAUUCUGUGUUAUUCUCAAUGAUUUACUCUCCUUUCUGUGUGAUCAUUCCAUGGUAUGACUAAAAUGCGUACAAACUUCAUUUCUACCAGCAAAUUAAUGAAGUUUUGGAUGAAAAGAAAACAAAUUUGAUUAUAUAAUUUCUUUGAGAUGCAUUUAUCUGAACUUAUUUUUCUAUUUGUGUAAUUAUGUUAAAUGUGGAAAUAUUGGAUAAAAAAAUGCUAUGUAUUCCCCAUUGGAUUUGGUACUUUGGAAGUGGGUCUUAUAAACUGCAUGCAUACUACAUGAAAUCUCACCAAUUUCAAAGGGGAUUUAGGAUCAAGUUCUAUAUUGGAUUGUGAAAUUUCUGAUUUGUACUGUACUUGUCUUGUUGUAAGGCUGAAUACUUGUUUUGCCUUGUUCUGAUUGUAAUUUGAUCUGUCAAUUUCUCCCAAAACCAUAUGUGUACAUGGCCCCAGGCUCUUCACUGCCGUUGUGUUGUUUUUAUUCAACUGUGAUGCAAGCAUUAUAAAGCAGUAAAGUUCCUGAACAGUAUUGUGGGAAUUUUUCUAAGAGAAAAGAAAGGUGUUGAGAAUAGAGAUUUUAACCCCAGAGACAGCUGCAAGAAAACUAAAAGGCUUUUAGAAAAAAAAAAUGAAAUUGUGAAAUUUUUAGUUAGUUUAUGUAUCCUUCCCUCACUGUUUCUGUUUCUGAGGGCAAGUGAUUUUGUCGACAACAGUAAUAGAUGUUUUGUAAUCCUUGUAAUGUGGAAGUAUUCCUAUUUGCCUUAGUUAUAAAUCAAAGAAUAUUCCUUGAACUGACUGUAGUUAUUUUAACAUUCUAAAUUUCAUUAUACUUUUAAUGCAACUCUAAGCAUGAUGUAGAAAAUAUUGUAAAAGAAUAAAUGUUGAUUUUUUAUUACACAGUUA